UUUACUCCCACAUCGCGCGCGGUGGCGUAUGGGAGGAAAGGUCAAGAAUCGAUGGCCGCGGAAGAUGAGUGUUAGAUCUGUACAGGGGAUUCUCUUUCUGUAACUAACUCGAUGUUAAUAUUGAACCACUUAACUGUUUUAAACGAAAGCAACACGCAAUGCCGCGUAUACAACAAAGGAAACGGUAACUCGUUAUCGUCUGAUUUUCUGACUUCCAGCCGACAAUCCGGUCAGCUAACGCUCGGCUAACAGCCGCGUUGUUAUUGUUUUCGCUUAAUCGGACAACGUCUUUCAGUGCACUCUCCGAGGUCUCCCCCAACCGAGGCAGGGGGUCGGACUGCCUGAGGGAUGCUUUUCUUGCUGUUCCGGGAAGAUGGAUGAGAAAUCCAGCAGCAGCCAACAACGGCUCCUGAUCAUCCUGCUCAUGGCUUUAUUGUUUGGCGUCAUCAUGAUCCAGUAUGUUUGCCCCAGCAAGUCAGAGUGCCAGAUGUUUCACCAACUGGGAUCCUGGUUUACCGUCGGCAGUGCAGCUGGUUCCCGAAUCAGUGGCAAGGAAACGCAAGACGGGCUUCACAAGGAUCCCUACAUCGCAGAGGACCGCGCUUUAGCCCGCUUUGUUCCUCGCUUCAACUUCACCAAAUCGGAUCUGAAUCGUGUUAUAGACUUCAACAUAAAAGGGGACGAUGUUAUAGUUUUUCUGCAUAUCCAAAAGACAGGGGGCACGACGUUUGGUCGACAUCUGGUGCGGAACAUUCAGCUAGAGAGACCCUGCGAGUGUCACGCAGGUCAGAAGAAAUGUACAUGUUUCCGGCCAGGUAAAAAGGAAACUUGGCUCUUUUCCCGUUUCUCCACUGGCUGGAGCUGCGGACUUCAUGCAGACUGGACUGAGCUGACCAGGUGCGUCCCUUCACGCAUGGACUCACGAGAAGCACCCAAGAACCAGCCCAAGAACCAGCCCAGCAGAAACUAUUACUAUAUAACAAUUUUGAGAGAUCCAGUAUCACGCUACUUGAGCGAGUGGCGUCAUGUGCAACGUGGUGCUACAUGGAAGGCCUCCUUACAUGUGUGUGAUGGACGUUCACCGACGCUGUCAGAAUUGCCAAGCUGCUAUUCAGGCGAUGACUGGUCAGGUUGUUCCCUGCAAGAGUUUAUGGACUGUUCCUACAACCUGGCCAACAACCGGCAGACCCGCAUGUUAGCUGACCUCAGUCUGGUCGGGUGCUACAAUGUGUCUACCAUGAGUGAGGAGGAACGCUGGGCAGUCCUGCUGGAGAGUGCAAAACGCAACCUACGAGGCAUGGCCUUCUUUGGCCUGACCGAGUACCAGCGCAAGACCCAGUACCUUUUUGAGCGAACCUUCAACCUGGAGUUUAUUGCACCUUUCACGCAGCUGAAUGGCACACGUGCUUCCAGUGUUGAGGUACCUUCUGAGACGCAGCACAGAAUCCGCCAACUAAACCAAUGGGACGUUGAGCUGUAUGAGUACGCCCGGGAUCUAUUCCUGCAACGUUUUCAGGUAGCAAGACAGCAGGAGCACAGGCAGGCCAAGGAGAGGCGGCAGCAAGAAAGGAGGCGGCUCCGUGGAAGGUUCACAGCAAAGCUGGGGAAGCAGCUGAAGCCCACUGAAAAGUCACAUCUGACUAACAACCGUACUGUCAUAGAUGAGGAACAGCGAGGGGAGAAAGUUGCUGAGAACACUGUGGAGUCAGAAGUACUCGCAGACUGGUGGGAUCUGGAUGAGAACAGCACUGUGGAGGACUACAUUGAUAAUGUGGAACAGUGGUAGUAGUAGGAUGUCUUUAUACAAACUCUGCCAAGUUCUGCCUUGCCUGUUUUCAUUAAUUCAGGUUAUUUUCAGUAUAUGCUUCCUUCCACUUUUUCUUUUCCACCAUAAGCUGGUUUAAAUGACACUUUAAUUUAUUGAAACUAAUUUUAUGUCUUAUGUCACAGCUGAUGUUCUUAAUGGAUGUAUUUCCUUGAAAGAAAAAAAAAAUGCAAGUCUUAAAACUUUUGGUGAGCCUUCUAGAUAAUUCUGGAUUUUAAAUACUUAUGAAAUACUUAUACUUGUGAUGUGGCUUGAAACCACAGAAUGUUUUUUUCUUUUGUUUGUUUUGUUUUGGUACUACCGAUGAUGUAAUAUGUUCCUCUAUUCAGAGACACUACUGUCUGUGAAUAACAAUCUUUAAGUUUGCCAAAUUGUUGUCUAGUCUGAAAUGUGUGCAUUCUGAGAUGUGCUUGUGUUUUAAGUGUCUUUUCUGUAACUGAAAAGGAGAAUGAAGUUUUCAGAUACCUCAAUGUAUAGCAUUAACUACUAAUAGUAAAUAAUGACUGAAUGUGUUUCUCUUAUAUAUAUAUAUAUAUAUA